ACCUCAUAUGGCGGCUGAAAUAGGGAAGGGUCACACAUGCGUACGGAGAGCCAGCGAAGUAACUUGAAGAUAACCGUCAUUCAGUGAAUAUUCAUGAGGCAGAGAUCUGUUAUGAGCAAGAUGAGAACAAAUACUGACUCCCAAAAGUCCAACACUGUUUCUAGGGUUAAGGUCAGACAAUCUUUGCAAUUGUUGCAGCCAUCAGCCACGGACAAAGAAAACCUGGUUGCUGCGGGAAGAAUGCUUAGAUCAACAAACAAACAAAUUAAGGAAGUAAAGACUGAAAAUGUCACAUCAGACAAAACAAAAUUAAAUCUUUCUAAUAAAUCCAAAAAGAAGACGUGCGAAGACAAGGCAAUACAAACUGCUCCAGAGGAAUAUAAUAUAACAACGGAAGAUUUAACGUCAAAAGCUCCUAGUAAAUAUUACUGGAAAGUCUUAGCUGAGAAGCGACAGAAAGUGAUUGACGAGUUUUUAGUUGAAAUUAGUACACUCAAGGAACAAAAUAAUAUGCUCAAGGAACAGUUAGAAAAAUUGAAUGAAAAAAAUAUCUUGAAUGAGGAAAUGUUACAAGAGGCAAAGACAUUUAUUGAAGUGGUGCAGGAAAUGAUUGAAAACAACAGCAAUGACAGUAAUGACAAUAAUGGCAUAAAUAAUUCAUUGGAAGAUACUUAUUAAAAUGAAACAAUAUUUGACUGUUUUUACGAUUAUAACAUGUAUUAAAUAUUAAUAUAGUUAUUUAUGUACAAUUUUAAGUAAGACAUGUAAUA